UCACAAGUUGUCACAUUCCUGAAUAAUAUCUACACUACAGAUACAUAAUUGAAACUCGAAAAAAAAACUGGAAAAUGUCGGAGGGAAGAAAGUCUGAAAGCGGGUACAUUAACCUGUACGUCCUGGGCCAGGACCAAGCGGUUCUGCAAUUCAAGAUUAGGAAACACACACGUCUGGGUAAACUAAUGAAAGCCUUUUGUGACCGCGCAGGCCUUUCGAUGCAGGUGGUCCGAUUUCGUUUCGAUGGACAGCCGAUGAACGCGACUGACACGCCCACCUCCCUAGAAAUGGAGGAUGGCGACACAAUCGAGGUGUACCAACAACAAUCUGGCGGUCAAGUUGUUGAUUAACUUGAGACGUUCAAUUUAUUUUAUGAUAUAUUUUGCAAACUCGAACCAUUUUUCUUGAUAUUGUAAAGUUUAACUGCAUUUGCAGAAACAAUAAAAAGUAGGUUAGGAUCGUGAACAUUAACCAUCAUCCUAAGGAAACAGGAGAGAAACAAGUUUUCUGUUUAAUGUUUAAACUAACUUGCAAAGCGUAUUUAAGUCUAAGCAAACUACUUUUGAAGCGAAAUUGUUUUCAAGUUUCAUUUGUUUGCCAUUAAGUCAGCGGAAAGAACCCGAGUAACCCGUCUACAGGGCUACAUGCUCCUAUCUAUGCUAAUGUGCCAGAAGAGCCUGGGCCCCAAAUCGCUUUUAAAGGACGCGCUCAUUGCACUCCCGAGACUGUGCUCCGUGUAACCCAUGCCCUCUGCUCUAUGAUAUGAUAAUUAUAUGGUGCCCGCAAAA